UGUAAUGUUUUGUUGUCAAUUUCGCAAUGUGAUGUCGAAUUAUUUAUUUUCGUGAUUAUUUCAUUAUUUUCUUCUCUUGAGUGUAAAAAGAUUCAAUAUUUAUAUUAGACUACUUACUCGCCGUCAUGUCGGGAGAUAAUAAAACCCCUAGACCCGGAGCAGCGGCGUUAGAAAAUAUGAAGUUAUUGAAACACGAGAGUGCUAUAUUUAAGGUUCCAAAAGUCCCUAAAAAGAAGGAAAAGAAGAAAGCUCAAGUUUUAGAUGAAGACGUUUAUGUCGAGGGCAUAGCUAAAAUUAUACAAAGGGACUUUUUCCCUGACUUAGAGAAACUAAAAGCACAGAAUGAAUUUCUGGAGGCUACAGAGAACAAAGACUAUGCGCGUCUGAGAGAACUGACUAGAAAGUACAAUGGCCAGAGACCACCCACAGAACCUUAUAACUCCCCGGCCACAUUUGACACACCUCACAUGGACCGGCCGUUCUCCCCGGCAGCACCUACAAUAAGAAGCGACAGAUCAGACACAGAAUCAGAGUGCAGUUCCAGAGACAAAACUAAAGACAUCACAGACAAUCAUUCUUUAGAUUCAUACCUAUCCACGCACACGAGCGAAGACAACGCGAGUUACGACCGCGUCAUCGCCCUGGAGAAUAAGAAGCGUGCAGCUAAACUGGCAACACAGCUUCAGGCGGAAGUGACGUCAGCGGCCAUCGCGGACGCAGCACUCGCCUUACCUUCUAUAGAGCAACAGGCAGACCAGACUGAGAGACCACAUGAGUUAGACACAUGGCGCUACAAAGCGAAGAACUACAUAAUGUACGUGCCUGACGGGGCGGAGUCCCAGCGGCCUCCGCCGAAGCCCGAGCUCAUACACCAGAACACCCGGCUCAAGGUGGAGCCCUUUGACCACGUUAAGAACAAGGAGGCUAUCAGCGCUAUUGCUAGGAGUCAGGACGCAAGCGUAACAGGCAAGAUAGGAGUAGACGGUGUAAGCAUAAGCGCGGAGCCGGGCGGCGGCUACGCCUUCGUGGGCACGCCGUCGCCGCGGCCCGGCGAGGGGCCCGACGCCUCGCCGCUCAUGACGUGGGGGGAGAUUGAGGGGACACCAUUCCGGCUAGAUGGGGGGGACACGCCUUUGCCUGCUGUCGGCGCAGGGGCUGCAUACCGUAUGUUGGAGGGGGGCUCGCGCGAGCGCAUCGCGCUGCAGCUCGCCGAGCAGGCCGCGCGCCGCCGCCGCCCCACCACGCCCAGGCAACUGCCGCCCACGCCUAGUUUCAGAUCGAACACCGAACGACUGGCCAGCAUGUCACCGGCAGCACGGAAAUUGGCGGCAAAACACUUACUGUCACCUCGUUUGAGGUUAACUCCCAAUGACAUGGGCAUACUGUCCCAUGCUUCGCCGAAGCGUACCCCCACCCCGCAGCGCCGCCUCGUCGCCCCCGCGCGGCCCUCCCCGCGCCCCUCCCGCGCCGGCAGCGUCAACAACACCGGCGUCACUGAGGACCUUACUGACAAUCUACUACAGAUCAAUGUCGCUAAGAGAACAAGGCUAAAAGCUCAGGAUUUCUUUAAAUAAAUUAGUAUUUAGGUGAA